AUGACGACCCUCGUCCCCCGCACCCCCUACACGGACGACGAGCUGCGGAAGCUCUACCCCAAGAACCUGCAGCUGCACCUGGUACAGGUGUUGAUGCGUCAUGGCGAGCGCACCCCCGUGUCAGCUCGCUUCCAGAACGCCGGUCUGCGCCAAUGGUGGCCCUACUGUGCGAGCGUGCGUCAGAUGCGUUCGGCCGUCCUGGCGUCGACAAAUAGCACAACCGACGGCGCAUUCGAUGUCCUGGAGUGGCGCCGCCGUCUGGAGACGUUCGGUCCCAACGACGAGCCCGUGGUUGCCGGUGGUCCCAAGGGCGAACUCGACGAUGUCUGUGACAUGGGCAGUCUGACCGAUCUCGGCCGCCAGAGCACUUACAAGCUAGGCCUGCGCCUGCGCCAGCACUAUGUCGACCGUCUGGGGUUCCUCCCGGCCACCAUCACCUCGGCCGAUUUCAUGUACUUGCGCUCUACCCCGGUGCCGCGCGCCCUCGAGUCUCUGCACCAAACAUUCUCGGCCCUGUACCCACCCUCGGCCCGCGCCCCCGGCCCGGACGGGAAAUUUCCGGCCCCUACGAUCCUGGCCCGCGUGCCCAACGACGAAACCCUCUACCCCAACGAGGGCAACUGCCGUCGGUUUGCCGCUCUGUCGCGGGCUUUCGCCGACCGGGCCGCCGACCGCUGGAACAACACGCCUGACAUGGAGUACCUCCAGAAGGUCUACGGCAAGUGGAUGGCCGCCGGCUCCAAGGUCGCCGUAGACUCGCAUCCUCGCCUAUCGGGUAUCAUGGACACCGUCAACGCGACCGACGCCCACGGGCCGGCCACAAAGUUGCCCAAGGAGUUCUACGACGCCAAGGCACGCGCCAUCAUGGAGAACAUCAGCGUCGAGGAGUGGUUUGACGGUUUCAAGGAGUCGAAGGAGUACCGCACGCUGGGCAUAGGAGCCCUGAUGGGGGACAUCGUCGGCCGCAUGGUAGGCAGCAUCGAGCAGCCGACCACACAAGAUGGAGCCAACACCCUGCUCAAGCGCUCCGGACAGGAAGACCACAGCGGGCGCAUCCGUUUCGGCCUGAGCGGGUGCCACGAUACCACGCUUGCCGGCGUGCUGGCGAGCCUGGGAGCGUACGAAACGAACAAGUGGCCGCCUUUCACCAGCCAUGUCGCGAUCGAGAUGUUCCGCGAUGCCAAGCUUCCCGAGCCUCUGCCGCAACAAGACCCCGCGCGCAAGAGCGGCGGCGGCGGCUUCUUCAGCUCGGUGUUUGGGUCUAGUGCUGCGCCGGCCGGGAUCAGACGGCGCCCGACUGCGGAGUUGACUGCCGACGAGAAGAGCAAGCUGGAUGGGUACUAUGUGCGGAUCCGUUACAAUGAUGAGCCCGUCACGGUGCCUGCUUGCCGGUUGCCAGGGAAUCAUCUUGAGGGUGACGAGUCGUUUUGCACUUUGGCCGCGUUCAAAGCCGUCGUUGACAAGUUCACGCCGACCAACUGGAAGCAGCAGUGCCGUAUGAACCGCGACCAACCUGCCCUGCCGACCGGCGAGCCGGAGUGGGCGGGUCACUGA